UACCAAAGUCUCAAUCGCAACACCUUUUGGACACUUAGUACUGGGACGGUGGUGGAAGAUAAAGUUAAGGAGCUUGCCAUGAAACUGUCCAACGAAUACCCUAGUCAUUCAAUGAUUUUAGACACUUCUGAUCCAGUCUGGCUCGAGUAUUUCACUAAGAGUGAAUUGAAAGAAAUAGAGGAUGAAAAAAAAGUAACACUCUCAGAAUUACCUAAAAGCAUGCAAACAUAUUUGGAUUGCUACAACGGCUUGAAAACAUUGGAUGAACUCUGGAACGAACAUACGAAACAUAGCCUCCACCCAAUUCGUGAUGCAGACCUUUACUGGGUUCAUUCAUCAGUGAGGAAUGUGUUGGAGAUCUUGAUGCAUGGCCUGCACAAAAAAUUUAAGACCGAAGCUGAUUAUAUGAAGAGAGCAUGGUCAAUAAUUGACUGUUGUUUCGACAAUGGAGACCUUGAUGUUAUUUCCGGAGAAUAUGUCUCUAAAGCCUCUUCAACCCGAGUUAAUCUCGAUCGCUCCCUUGCUGCCUUAUCUAGAAGAAAAAUCGGUACAAAAACCGACAUUCUUUUCACCACGGAAUAUUUGGAAUUCGGCACUGUGGAAGCAGGAAAAAUAUCCGAUGUCAACAGCACAAAAACACUAUAUCAAGCAGGCAUGAAGCUGCCAAAGAACUUGAAAGAUAUGCUGUAUGAUCUGGUUCAGGAGUGUCUGUCGCAACUCAUAAAUAUAAAGACAUGUGGUAUCAUCAUUUCUGGUUUAAAUAUGCUUCCUAUCGUUAUGGAUUGUCCUUGUGGUUGUGUCUCAAGGAUCAAUCGUCCAGCUCGGUUUUAUCAUUAUCCAUCGACUGCAUCCAAUUUUCUGAAGAACAUCAAGUCCAUCAUCCGAGUCACUUACUAUACAAAAAAAACAAUGACUGACGUGUAUGAUUUAUUGAGCGAGACUGAAGAUGAAAACGAAUAUGGUUCUCAGCGACCUAUUCUUCUACUGCCAUCAUUCAUCCCAAUAACAACAAAAUCCGGAAAAAAAAAGAAAGACAUCUAG